GGUUUGAAUGUUGGUAUUGAUAGGUCGGUAUAUGAUAAUUAAUAUUGGGACAAACAUGUUUGCUAAUAACACUAAUCCUGCGGUUUGGUUGACUGCAUUAGUUGUACAAAUUACAACUAAUAUUAUGUUUUGUUUUAUUGAUUUGUAAUUGUUAUGUGGGAUUGUGAGUAAAAAGUCUUAAAUGUCCUCCAAUUUACAACACCUCACCUACCAUCACUUCUCCACUGUUUCGUAAAAAAAUAAAACAACCCCAUUAAACAUUUUCUAUACAACUCAUCUUCUCCCCUAAUUUUGUCUGAAACCCUAAAUUGCAUAUACCCAAAAUUGUAAUAUAGCCAUGAACGUUUUAAUAUCUUAGUACAAAUCUUGUGAAAAUGAGUAGUUCUAGUAGUGGUGUGAAUAGCAGAUCAAGUAAUAACAAAUAUGAUGGAGGUGUUUUGCAUUCCCCAUAUCCAGAAUAUUGUGAUUGUGGCUUGAAGGUCCGGGUACAAACGUCUUGGACGGUGGCGAAUCCGGGACGACGUUUUAUAACUUGUCCUAAUAAAGGGGCAAAUAGCUGCCGAUUUUAUUUUUGGUGUGAUCCCGAAAUGUGUGCAAGGUCGAAGCAAAUCAUCCCCGGGCUGUUGAAAAAAAUAAAUGCUUUGGAAUGUCAAUUAGAGCUGAAGAAGAAGGAAGUUAAAACAUCGUAUGCUAGGUUUGCUGGUUAUACAACGGCUAUUGUUGUCGGCGGAUGCAUCUUAUGUCUUAUGUUAAGCUAGUAUAUUGGUAUUUGUAUGGUCGUCGGCGGAUGAAUCUUAUGUAUUAUUUUAAGAUAAUAUAUUGGUAUUUGUAAUGUUUUGAAACAAUAUUCGUGUUUUGAUUCAUGCGGCAAAAUUGGUACCUCGUUUCAUUUUGGUGUGUGGGGAUUCUAUUGUAAUAUAUGUUGGUGGUGAUUCCUUGUUCA